GGUCGACGGCACACGAGCAGAGCUAGCGAUCGCCGAUCGAGCAAGCGAGAUACGCACGCUAUCGACUAAUAAAGGUUCGAGGGCGGACUAAUCGUUCUUGGAACUAGCAAAUUAUUCAACAAGUUAUGGCGCCUCCUUCUCCGGUGCCGGCAGCAUUGCUGGCCGUGUGCGCCUUGCUCGCCGCCUCGCUCCACGGCGCCGGGGCGCAGCAGCAGCUGAGCUCGUCGUACUAUGACGACUCGUGCCCGAACGUCUACGGCACGGUCCGGCGCGUCGUCCAGCAGGCGCGCGCCGCCGACCCGCGCAUCCUCGCCAGCCUCAUCCGCCUCCAGUUCCACGACUGCUUCGUCAACGGCUGCGACGGAUCGCUGCUGCUCGACGACAGCCCGACCAUAAACAGCGAGAAGAACGCCCUCCCCAACACCAACUCGGCGCGCGGCUUCCCGGUGCUGGACGACAUCAAGGCCGCCCUGGAGAACGCCUGCCCGGGCAUCGUCUCCUGCGCGGACAUCCUUGUGCUCGCCGCCGAGGUCUCCGUCGACCUGGCAGGAGGUCCCUCCUGGAGAGUAACGCUGGGGCGGAGGGACGGCACCACGGCCAGCUUCGACGGCGCCAACAACCUCCCCGCCCCGACGGAGGACCUGGACGUCCUCCGGCAGAAGUUCGCCGCCGUCGGGCUCGGCGACGCCGACUUCGUCGCCCUCCAAGGCGCGCACACCAUCGGCCGGGCGCAGUGCCGGUUCAUCCAGGACAGGCUCGACAACUUCAGCGGUACGGGGCAGCCGGACCCGACGCUGGACGGGGCAUACCUCAACACCCUGCGAGGGAGCUGCCCGGCGUCGGCCGGCACCGGCAACACGCACCUGAACAACUUGGACCCGGCCACGCCCGACGCCUUCGACAAUAGCUACUACGCCAACAUCGUGCGCAACCGCGGCCUGCUCCGCUCCGACCAGGUGAUGCUCUCGGCUCCGGGCGGCGCCGCGGCCACCACCGCGCCCAUCGUCCGGCGCUUCGCCGGCAGCCAGGAAGAAUUCUUCCGGAGCUUCGCCAGGGCGAUGGUCAAGAUGGGCAACAUCGCCCCGCUCACCGGGAGCAUGGGGGAGGUCAGGAGGAAUUGCAGGGUGGUGAACAGAAGCUGAUCGACUGGUGUUCAAAGUUCAAACACAAUUGUGUUAUAUUUUUUUCCAUUUUCAAGUGAUUCAUUGUUUCUUGACUAAUAAUCUUCGAAGAGAUGUGAAUAAAAUAUCUGUAAUUUCUAUUGAAUAAGUUUUGAAGAGCAACGGCCCUGGGAGAAUAGCUUGUACGAAAUAAG